CGCCAGCAAAGAGUUUGCAGGAAAACAGAGUGAAGAAAAAAAUUCUAGCUUUUUCCAUUGAGAAAAAAAGAAAUUAAAAAAAAUAUUGGGAAAUAAUGCUUCUACGUAGCGCAUCUACUCCGAUACUGAACUCCUUGAUCCCACACUCCAAAGAUCCACAGCCACCGCCGGCGGAACCCGAGUUCUGCCCCCGACCUCCGAUAUCGAAAACCCGAUCCAUCACACUCACCGCCUCGCCUCCGGGUCUGGUCCGUUCGCCUUCUUCCCUGUCUUCCCACGAAGAUUCCAUCGGGAAGAUGACGAGGGCGCUGUCGGAGACAGAUCUGCGGCAGCUUUCUCCAGCCGUGCCGAAGAGGAAGCCGGCGUUGAACACGGUCCUCGUCGAGGAAGAGGAGGAAACGGAGUCGUUGGGCGGUGGUUUCUUCCUCGGAUCUAAUGGGUUGGGAGAGAAUUGCGCUGCCGAUGGUGGGUUGGCCGCGCUUUUGGUCGGCGACGGCGCAGGUGGGUGCGGCGGGAGAAUCGGCGGCGGCGGUGGUGGAAGGCCCGGCGGCGGAGGGAGAGAUGGAAAUUCGGAGUUCUGGGAUUCGAAUUACAAGACGGAGGUGUAUUACGAGGCGAUGAUCGAUGCGAAUCCCGGGAAUUCGCUUCUUCUUGGCAAUUAUGCCAAGUUUCUGAAAGAGGUUCGUCAGGAUUUUGUGAAGGCGGAAGAGUAUUGCGGGAGAGCAAUCCUGGCUAACCCUAACGACGGUGAUGUUCUUUCCAUGUAUGCCGAUUUGAUAUGGCGGAGCCAUAAGGACUCUUCUCGAGCUGAAAGUUACUUCGAUCGAGCUGUUAAAGCUGCUCCUGAAGAUUGCUAUGUUCUUGCUUCAUAUGCUCGUUUCCUUUGGGAUUCCGAGGAGGAGGAGGAAGAAGAAGUAGAGGAAGAAACGGGAGUGGAUUUGGUUCCAGAGAUGAACAAAUUGUCAUCACCGAAUUACUUCCAAGGAAUUCCACCCCUCCCUCCUCCAUUAACGGCUGCUUCUUGAAAAGCUUGAACCUUUUGGCAAAAAAAUCUUGUAAUAUAGGUUUAGAUUUCACAGCAUCUAAUUCCUAACCCCUUUCCCUUUCUGUUUAUAGCCCCUUUCCCUCUUUUGUUUUAAAAGUUUUGGCUUUUCUUAUUUCAAUCACUACUGCUACUACUCUGUCGUUCAUUGACCCAUCUCUAUAUCUCUUGUAGAAAUCAUAAUAAGAAAUGGAAUGAGUCCCUUUUUUUUGCUUACUCUGUCUCUCUUGUCUUUCUCUGUGUGUGAAUGUGAAUAUUCCAUCGACAAAGGGACAAAAAAAUAUCUCUUCCUGCUGCUACUGAAGUUAAAGGCCAUCUCUUCGUGAUGCCAAAAGCCAUAGAUCCUUUGUUUGUUUAAGCAGCCCCUUUUCCGUGGAGACUAAUGAAUGCCUUAUGUGUAA